AUGGCCCACAGGUUUGGCUCAAGUCGUUUAGAGAGGCGAAACAGUAUCGCGGACGACUCGGACCCAUGCGCGGGAGACGGCAACGGGCAGGGGCGCUACGGCCAGGGGGAAGUCGGCUGGUGCGGCUCGCUCUUUUCGCGCGCACCCAAGCGCGGCGGACCCGCGGGCCGCUUGCGCGGGUUCACAUGGGACCCGUGGCGGAAUGAUUCGGGGAGCGGCGGUGGCGGCGGCGGCGGCGGCGGAAGUGGCUGGGGAUGGGGAAGCGGAGGCGAUGGCAGCAUGUCACCGCGCUCUCCGCGCACUCCCCGCACUCCGCGCUCCCCGCGAGCGCCGAUAACGCCUCGCCGACGCCGGCACGAUGGCAGUUAUCGACCCGGCACGCCGUCCCACCGUCCUGGCUCUCCUUAUAAGAACGCACCGCCUUAUUUCCUUGGCGGGCAGCCCCUCGCCUCCGUGGCCGCUUCUGGGUCGUACGAUCCUGCUAACGGGGGAUCGCUUCCCGACGGAAACAGCGGCGAGUUUUGGGGAGGCGGUCCGGCGCUGAGCGCGUCCCGGCGAGCGGGGCGGCAGCAGGGAGGCGGCAGAGACGGCGGCAAGGGCGGGGCAGGGGGUUUCCUGGUGAUGAGCGAUUGGCUGACGUGUUCGUUACAGUCCCUGCUACAAUCGCGUAUGGAGCAGCUGCAUGCGUCGGAACAGGUGAGCCGGCGGCAGCUGAUGGCGGAAACUGCGGAGAUGGUUCUCAAUGUGCUCGACGCGCGUUCCUCAGACGAUGCGCUCGCGCAUCGCUCCGAAGUCUCCGCGCUGCGCCGCCUCCAACGGGAGUCGUUCAGCGACCUAUUGCACCUUCGCGACAGGCUCACGCGGCUCGAGCUCCUCGCGGACGAGUUCUCCCUCGGCCAGCACCGCGUCGCGCCCGCCGCGUUCCUCGCCGCGAACUCCGGCCGCACCGAGGUCUCGGGCCGCAUCACCGUCGGGUCCGCGCUCGUCCCAACAGGCGGCCUCCGCUCGCACCGCUCCCGAGCCGCGAUGGAAGCGGCGGGGCUGCGCUCCGGCGUGCAGAUGGCUUUAAAUCUCGCGUCCCUCUGCCGGUCGUCGGACCGCCUUAGUACCGUUCUAGGAGUCGGGCCGCCGGACCCGCUAGGCCCGGCAUUAGCGCUAGGCGGCCCGGUAGUGCUGCAGAAGGCGGUGUAUAGGGCGCAGGUGGCGGAAGGGUUGGCGGUGACCGCCGCGCCGAUGGGCGCAAGCGGAGCGGACCUGGUGGGCGAAGGCUCCGCGGGAGCGGGAGUGCGCGGAAAUAGCGCAUCGAAUCAGCCACGUGGCCUCACCACGUUCAGCAGCGGCACGAUUCCGCUCCUCCAAUCCAUCCGCGGGUCCGCCCUCGCGGUAACCGUCGACACGCCCGUCCCCGCGCUUUCCCCCUUCCUGCCCGCGGUCUCCCGCGCUCUAUCCGCCAUUCCGCGCGCGCUUCCUCCAUCCAUCGCCCGCGCCCUGGGCCUCCGCUCCUCGCGCCACUCCCCGUACACUCCCCUCCGCCCCUCCUCCCGCUCCGCUUCCGCGGAUCCGCCCGCGCUGUCGUUUACUGCGGGGAAGCUAGUCGCGGGGUGGGGGGUUCCGCUGGAAGAUCCUUCCGCGCUCGCCGCCGCCGCGGCGGAUACUGCGCUCUGCACCUCCGCCAUGGGGCAUCUUGCGCUCCGCUUUUCCCCCACCCUGCGCGUUUCCGCCGCCGCCGCGUCGCACUCGUGGCCCUCGCCGCCCGCGCCGUCCUUCCCCGGACUGCACUGGUCAGAAAUGGGGCCCCUGGUGCUUCCGCGGCUGGGGGGAAUCUUCCGCAGCCCGCACCCGCGCGGCGGGGGCGCGAGGGGGGGAAUGCAGGUGGUGGCGGAAGCGGGGUCGACUACAGAAGGGGGAGCGAUGGGCGGAAGAUUCGGGGGAAGCGGUGUGGGCGCGGAGUCCCCGCGGAGUUGCGCCAGUGGGGGAGUGGAUAGAAUAGUAGUGGAAAGUAUGAGGGGCGGCGGAGGGGGCGGAAGCGGAGGCGGGGGCGCGGGAAGGGGAAGCGGAGGUAUGGGUGGUAUAGGGGGAAGCGGGAACGUGCUGGAGGGCGCGGGUGACAGUAUUGAUGCCACGAGCGCGUGGCUGAUGGAUAUGGGUGACUAUAACGAGAGCAGACCAGAGUCCUUUGGCGUGGCGCUGGCUUUUGAAAAGGAGCUUCAAGGGGGAACAACUGUUUCCGCGUGGGCGCAGCGGUCCAGGUGGGCGGGGGAGUACGGGGGCGGAGUGGCGGCAGGGGGAGGCGGAAGGGGGGGAGAGGAGGCGGAAGAGGGGCUUCUGGGGAGAUUGGGCGCGGAUUGGCAGUGGGCGGUGGCGGUGACGGGAAGAGCAGCAGGGGAAGGGGAGGAAGGGGAGAGAGUGGGGAGUGGCGGAGGGAAAAGGGCGAGUGGAAAGGGAGGGGGAGGGGAAGGAGGGGUGAGAGCGGCGAGGGUAGUUGGGUACAGGGUGAGUGUUGGGCAGGGGGUACCAGAGGGUGGUUUACCCCCGGAUUUGGUGGAGAGCAGUGAGGUGUCGAUAGGGGGAGUGGGGAAGGGGGGCGGGGCGCGGAGGCUGUGGCAGGGGGAGGGGAGUGUGGUGGUGGAUUGCGGGGGGGGAGUGGUGCUGGAGCCGGGGACUGCGUUUGGUGGUGGUGGGAGUGGUGGUGGGAGUGGUGGGAGUGGUGGUGGGAGUGGUGGGAGUGGUGGUGGGAGUGGUGGUGGGAGUGGUGGGAGUGGUGGUGGACUAUGGUGGUGGGAACUGGUGAUUGCCUGA